CUCGAUCGGCAGCUCGGAAGGUGGUGAUCUCUUCUACUAUCUCCUGGGAAUCCUCUGUGAUACUCGAAUAGCCUUAGUAGUAUUGUGUGUUUUAUUUUUCGGGAUACGUUUGAUAAGAAGAAUAGUGGAUCGUAGUUGGCUUUGGAGACGAUGUCGUCAGCCUAGCGCCGUGUGCCGGACCGUGUUUUUUGCUCCUCGGAGAAAAAUUCGAGCUGAAUGGCAAGAAAAGUGGAAUUAUAAGGGUUAGAGCUUGUGCACACGCCAACGAGAGCAGAAACCGGAAUCGUUUGCACGACACCUCCGUAAUGGUUCAAGUUCAACCACUGUUUCUACGUCGCCGAUAGUGUCUACUGCAUGACCAACUAUUUGUUUUUUGUCCAGUAUUUUCCUCCUGCAGUAUAUGGUUGUAUACGAGUACAUGAAUAUUUUCGUUGGUCAGCUGUGAAUGAAAACCAAGUGUCUUUGCGCGAUAAGACCAUAUAGUAAGAGGAGAAACUACGUUGCUCAGUCGUACGAAAUUCUUGGAGCGAUUCAUAUACCGUCAGUAUCUACAAACCGAGCGAACUACAGUAUCGGAGUAGCCCGUUAGACGAUUUUUUUUUUGAGUGUAUAAAGUGAAGAGAUCUCAGUAGGCACCACCGAAAGUUGUCAAAUAGUGCGUUAAGUUCAAAUCUAGCGAAGAAACAUAAAACAAAAGGAGCAAUAAAAUGCCGCCCCCUGCCAGAACGGAGAAUCGAACCCGCGACGGGCAUGUUCUCGUGUGGGAACAAGCUGGCAUCGCCGAGGAGUACCCCCAGAAGCAACGGCGCUUCGGCACGCGGCACUAUGUCGUGUUCAUGCUGUUCCUCGGAAUGGCCAACGCCUACGUCAUGCGAACCAACAUGUCGGUGGCCAUCGUGGCCAUGGUGAACCAAACCGCGAUCGAGCACGAAGCCGAAGUGUUCGACGACGAGUGUCCCGACACGGACUACGGCGAGCCGGAAGAUCCAGCGGACCGUAAGGAUGGUGAAUUCCUGUGGAGUACCAGCUUACAGGGGUACAUUCUGUCGUCGUUCUUCUACGGAUACGUGAUCACGCAGAUUCCGUUCGGCUUGUUGGCCAAGCGGUACGGCGCCAUGAAGUUCCUCGGGUGGGGAAUGUUGAUCAACUCGGUGUUCGCGUUCUUGGUCCCGAUCGCCGCUCGCCAAGGUGGUGCUCCGUGGUUGAUUGUCAUUCGGUUUAUCCAAGGUCUGGGCGAGGGUCCCAUUGUACCGUGCACGCACGCCAUGCUGGCCAAAUGGAUCCCGCCCAAUGAGCGAUCGCGAGUUGGAUCGAUUGUGUACUCAGGUGCCCAGUUCGGAACGGUCAUUUCGAUGCCGCUGUCCGGCUUGCUAGCUGAUCAUGGGUUCGACGGUGGUUGGCCGUCGAUUUUCUACGUGUUCGGUAUCAUCGGUACGGUGUGGUCCGUUGCAUUCCUGUGGACCUGCCACGAGGACCCGAUUACGCAUCCGACGAUCCACGAGGACGAACGCAAAUACAUCCAGCAGUCGCUGUGGGGCAAGGCCGGCGUCAACAUUCCUCCCAUUCCGUGGAAGUCCAUCUCGCGAUCGUUGCCGUUCUACGCGAUCCUGUUGGCGCAUCUGGGUCAGAACUACGGCUACGAAACGCUGAUGACCGAGCUGCCCACGUACAUGAAGCAGGUUCUGCGAUUCUCGAUCAAGGCGAACGGAACCCUCUCGGCCCUGCCCUACCUGGCCAUGUGGAUCUUCUCGAUCGGAGUCGGCUGGGUGGCCGAUUGGAUGCUGACCUCGGGUCGCUUCACGCACACCCUCACCCGCAAGAUCUCGAACAGCAUCGGUCAGUAUGGGCCGGCGAUUGCGCUCAUCAUCGCUUCCUACACCGGCUGUAACCGGGCGCUGACGGUGGCCAUCCUGACCAUCGGUGUCGGCUUCAACGGUGGCAUCUACGCCGGUUUCAAAAUCAACCAUCUGGACCUGACACCCCGGUAUGCAGGUAUCCUGAUGGCCUUCACCAACUGUUCCGCUAAUCUAGCUGGUCUAUUAGCUCCGAUUGCAGCUGGUAACAUCAUCGAAGGCAAGCCCACCAUUGCUCAGUGGCGAAUCGUGUUCGUGAUUGCAGCGUGCGUGUACAUCUUCACCGCGACGUUCUACAACAUCUUCGCGUCCGGCACGCGGCAACCGUGGGACAAUCCGGAUAACGACGAACCUCAAAAGCCCGUCUCAAUCGAAGCUCCGGCCUACGAGAACGGUCACAGUAAUAUUGCCAACGGCACGACGACGACGAAUGGCACGAAUGGCACGACGACGACGUACCGAGCGAAUAACGCAGCCGAACAGAGGCAGUAACCUUCCUUACGGAACGUCCCAUUGUACGUUCCGCUCUGAUUCUAGGCUGUUGUAGGAUAGGAAUUCCCUCGGUUUAAGAAAGACACUAGGCAAUAACGUUUUCGAUACAGUAACUCACUCCUAGAAGAAAAAGAAGAAGUAAAAACUCACGAUCACGAUUACUCCUGCCUAUCCACCACUAUCACCCACUAUUUCCCCUUCUUACUAUCCUUAUUCGAUGCUUUACUCUAAAUUAACCUCUUAAUUAGGUUACUCUGUUUUGAUAUUCUUGUACAUUUACUUGUUAUCAUAAUUAGCGAGUGAUUUUCUAGAUAAGGUCAUUAACACGAUUACCCGGUUUUGAUUGAUUGUUGAGUGAUGAUGGGUCUGCCUGGAGCAGUGACUGGGCCGAACCGAACAGAAGAAAAGACUUGUACUAGGAAAAUAUUCGAAGAAGAAGAAGAAGCCAACUACCCUCCAUUUCCGGAGGGCGGACACGAUUUUAGAAAGCACGUCAGAUGUUUUAAAUCUUUGAAAAAGAAUUAGAUUACAUAGAUCGUCGUUGACCAUUCAAUUCCACGCAGUGCCACGUAGCGAAAGAAGGUUGUGCCAUGCCCCCCAAAAAGCAUGGAAUCGAAAACUGGUGAUUUAUUUUUUGUCGUUAUAACACAAAACACAACUAGCAAAGCAUAUACAAUUUACUGUAUAGUCAAAUAUAUUAUUAGAGAGGAAAAAAUGAAAGCGAAACAAAACAUCAUAUAUUUUUCUACUUUGUACAUAUUUAAGCGAAUGUCAGCGAGCGCAAUCCAACAUCCGUCAUUCGUUCUCUUUUCGAGAUGAUAAUAAAAACGAUAAUAAUCAAACAAAUACUGGUCGAGAUACACCUCGUGAAGCCAGCUUUGAGAAACAAAA